GUAAAUAUGUGAGAAUUAUACAUACCCUUGCUGCAAGUUACGCGACCCUUAGUAAUAGCCCUAGUCGAUCUCCGCUCCAUGAGCGAAGCUAUCGUCGGGGAAUCCACCUUGGCAAAUGUGUUGAUUCGGCGAGGGACUGUUCAGCGGCGCAGCUGUUUCCUAUAAGAGUAUAAAAAUACGAGCGGCUGCUAAUGCAGAAGCUUUUGCAUCCGCAUACUACUACAAUUUCCACAAGGCUAUGUGAGCCACCACGGAAGGAAGCAUCAUGUGAAGUGAUAAAGGAAUUGGGUGAUUCUCCUAUGUGAUUAUUGGGGCAGAUCUCGAUGCGACUGACCUUGAAUAUGCGGUCAUCAUGUACAGUACCAAGAGUUGGUGUGACAACAGGAGCUAUGGCGAAUGUCGAAUCACAAAUUAGGUAUUAAUCAGUCUGUCCGUAGAGCAUUGGUAUUGUAGAUGAGUGCCUGGUAGAUAUAAAUAAGAACGCCGAGGGUAAGCCUUAUUUCUUUAUCUUCUUGUCUCGCAAAGGAGUUCUCCCCGAUAUUUACUCCUUGACGCAUUAAGAAAAUCUCUCGUCUUAGUAAAUCUAGUGUUGCGGAAAGUCUCUUGUAACCAUGCCUCUCCCGUCUGACGAGAAGGUCGUUCAGACUAGCAGCGCUAUAGUCAGCACCUUGCAUAGCAUUUUCGGGCCGCAUCCUGGAUUUCGACCUGCUCACGCAAAAGGCGUCCUACUCAAGGGCACCUUCGCACCCACUGAGGCGGCCAAGGCGCUCUCGAAAGCACCUCACUUUAACAAUACAUCGACCCCGAUAAUCGUGCGAUUUUCCAGCUCUACUGGGAUCCCCGAGAUCCCGGAUACUGAUCCUAAUGGAAACCCUCGCGGCUUUGCUAUUCGUUUCCUGCUAGCCGAAACUCCUCGUCGCGUCCACACCGAUAUCAUUACUCAUUCUGUAGAUGGAUUCCCAGGGUCAAACGGGAAUGACGCCCUCGAGUUCUUUACUGCGCUUAAGGAUGGUUCGAUCGGUGACUAUUUAGCUUCCCAUCCGAAAGCGCUGGCCUUCAUCCAAGCCCCGAAACCGACUCCAUCAAGCUUUGGCAAAGAGAAGUACUUCGGAGUAAACGCCUUCAAGCUCAUUGCGGCUAACGGGAAGGAAACAUUCAUCCGAUACCGCAUCAUACCUGAAGCUGAUGAGGAGUACCUUGACGACAUUGCUCUAAAGGAGAAGAGCCCAUCGUUCCUUUACGAUGGGGUAUCGGAAUCGUUGAAGGCCGGGCCCAUCGUAUUUAAGCUAAAAGCGCAAGUCGCAGAAGACGGCGACGUAACUGACGACAACACUAUCAAGUGGCCAGAAGAACGUCAAGUGGUCGAGCUUGGCACAAUUAAGUUAGAAUCCGUUAUCGACGAUCAGGCCGCACAGCAAAAGAGGAUUAUCUUUGACCCAAUCCCGAGGGUGGAUGGAGUUGAAGCAUCGGCAGAUCCGCUCCUAGAUGUUCGCGCCGGUAUUUAUCUUCUGAGCGGUCGCGAAAGGCGUGCAGCAUAGAGACUAUAGUCUUUAAGAUACAUGAUAUUGUAUAUGAUUUUAGCAUAAGAUAACGAGGAAAAAAAUAUUUUGUUAGAUGAGACAGGUAAUUCGAAGGGGUGCAAAUAUCAGGCUGAAUAAACUGAAUUCAAUGACAUCGAGUCUCCCACUGAUAGGAGGUAGGUUGGGUAUGCAUCCAGAUAAGUUAUGCUACAAUAGGGCUGUUAGGAUAUAUCUCAUGCACCCACCG